AUUUAUAGGGGCUCCGCGAAGUAAGCAGGCGUCUAACGGGCCCGGUGACGUCAGUCACGUGAUUUGCAUAUCUCUGCGUAUAAAUGCAGUGAUUCUGCGCUUUUCUCUUCACUGCUGCACCCGCUGAGAACAAACACUUCGACUAGCACACUCUCUGACCCUCUGCAAACAUGUCUGACAAGCCAAAUCUCGAGGAAGUGACCAACUUUGACAAGACCAAGCUGAAGAAAACGGAAACCCAGGAGAAAAAUCCUUUGCCGUCUAAAGAAACCAUCGAACAGGAGAAACAGGCGGGUUCCUCGUGAAACUCGCUCCGCACACUUCUAUGCACUGUACAUUCCACAUUGCCUUUUUCACGUCUUCUCGCUGUUUAACUUUUAACGGAAAUGUAUGACCUAAGUUGCAUUGUGAUUGGACAACCAAAAAAUGCAGACGUCCGUACAAGCCCUAUGUUUCUGUGCCCACGUAUUCCCCUUUUUUGUAAACCGCACCACUGAUAUUCUCAUGAAGCUUGUUGAUAUGGAUGAGGAGGCAGAGCCUGGCGUGAAGCCUCACAGUUUCACUGCCGUGAGAAGUGGUGAGGGGGCGGGGCUAAGAGUUUGAGUGACCCGUAACAGAGACUCGCUCUUGUAACAUCUCUUGUGACUUUGGUUGACUUGCUCAAAUGCUUUAAAGUCAUGCAGUGUUCUUGUUUUUUGUAUGUUGACGUCUUGGAAUGCACAACUUUUGUUUUGUAAUGCAAAUAAAAUUCUGUAAUAUUCA